CAAUCCCUCUCUGAGUGUCUUCAUCAGCAGUCAAAGGAGAACUCCAAGCCGCAGUGUUUCACCUUGCCAUUGCGGAAAAAACCUACCUUUGACCUGCCAAAUUACAGCAGCCAUGUUCCUCUGCCGCCGCCACCUCACCUUCUCACCGCUCACCGCCGUCCCCUCUCCCAGUGGACACCGCCCUCUCAGGCCAAGAACGCCCAGAGCCCCAGUCCUCGCAUCCAAGAACCCCCCACCACGGCCAUGGCUACUGCCAAGGCGGCAAUGGCGGUGGCGGUGCAGCAGCACCGAUGCCGCCCAACCGUCGCCACCCCUCGUAGAGGCCAGUGUCUCCGGCGGCGGCGAGAAGAAGAGCUUCUGGGCGGCGGUGAGCCUCAUCAUCGGCACGGCGGUCGGGCCGGGCAUGCUGGCGCUGCCGUCGGCCACCAUCCGCUCCGGCCCGGCCCCCUCCACCGUGGCCAUCCUGCUCUCCUGGGCCUACGUCGUGUCCUCCAUCGUCCUCGUCGCCGAGCUCAGCUUCGCGGCCAUGGAGAGCGGGGGCGUGGACGAGGUCAGCUUCACGGGACUUGCGUCGAGCACCUUGGGGGCAACCUUCGGCGGCGUCGUCGCCGUCGUCUACGCUGCGCUGAGCUUCUCCCUGAUGGUCGCCUGCGUAGCCGGCAUCGGCUCGCUGGUCUCCCAGCUCUUCCCCGCGCUGAAUCCGGCCCUGGCGAACGCGCUCUUCCCGUGCUUCGCCGGGGUGCUCAUCGCCUUCUUCCCGUUCAAGGCCGUCGACGGCGUCAACCGCGUGCUCUGCGGCCUGAUGCUCGUCUCGAUCACGUCGCUUGUGGUGACAGGCGUCUCCGUCGGCCGGAGCAGCAUGCUGAAUUCGCUUGGCCACGCGUGCUGGAGCCCUGGUGCCAUCUUGCCGGCCAUUCCGGUCACCGUGCUCACGCUUGGGUUCCACGUGAUCACGCCAUUCAUCUGCAAGAUUGUAGGUGACUCGGUGUAUGAUGCACGCAGGGCAAUUCUCAUUGGGGGUGCUGUACCAUUGGUCAUGGUUUUGUCAUGGAAUGCGGUCAUUCUCGGAUUGGCAGGCGCGACCGGCAGUGCAAGGUUUGAUGACCCUAUUAAGCUUCUUCUCUCGGUGAACCCAGCAGCAUUGGCUCCCGUUCGAGGCUUCGCGUUCGCUGCUUUGGCGACGAGCUUGAUAGGAUAUGCCGUCAGCUUCCCGAAGCAGCUGGAAGACACUUUGCAGUUGAUUGUUAACAGAUUUUCUCCGACGCAAGGAAGUGUGGAGUUGUCCGAUGCUGGUGGUGAUCAUGGCAGGAACGAGGUGGUUCUUACGUUGGCAGUGCUGAUCAUUCCCAUAUUUAUUGUAUCAUUCUUUUCAACGGCGUUUGCCAAGGCAUUAGAUUUCGCCGGGGUUUAUGCAAACUGCUUCUUGUUUGGGAUCCUGCCUCCUGUGAUGGCCUGGAUUCAUCGGUCACGGAAAAAGAGGUCACCUGGUUCAUGUGAAGAUAUUUUGCCUGGUGGGAAUGCUGUUCUCUUGGUACUUUUCAUCGUUGCGGUUAUCCUAGCAUUCCGGCAUUAAAAGGCCUGACCAUCAUUCCGUUAAAUGAGCGAAAGAAGUCUGUUUUGGGAGAGAAAUUAACCAUCUUGUAGUUGAUUGGUGCUUGAAAGCUCGACUAUAUUGUCCUCACCAUUAAUGGGUUUAUUUGUAUUAUGUAACUAUUAUUUGAAAUAAAAAUGAUGCUGUAUCACCAAACUUUUGUUGACAAACUUACCAUUUUGGCCAUGUUGAUGGACAGUGGCAGAGGAUGGUAUGAAAUUUUGGUAGGGUGAAAUCAUGAUUGUAGUUUUAUACAUACUAAUAAGAGUAUUUGAUGUUAGAUUUAUGACAACAAAUCCGUGUAGAAACAUAUUGAAAUGAAAUUAGCACAUGCAAAAAUGCCUCACCAAGCUUGUACUACAUUUUUGACAUUUCAUCGAUUUUUAACUAUAUGAAAGCUUCAUUGCUGUUUAAGCGUAAAGGAAUAUCAGCAAAGCCUAGCCUGAUUAACUCUCAUGUGCCUUAAACAUGUAAAGCCCAGCUGCUCAGGCCCUGACACUUCGCUCAUCGGUCGUCUGUCUUGUGUCCUGGUGACCUUUGAGUCAGCAAUGUCGCCAUCCUGAACUCAAGCUGCCCUGUGGCCAUGGCAUAGAAGCAGAAUAGUAGGGAAUAUUUGCUACGCCUGUUAGGUCGGGCGGCUGCCCUACCCCGCCCUAUGUGUCCCUCCACGACAGUUGAUGGGUUUGGAUGGCCAGAAAGCUUGGUAGCUACUACCUCUGUUUCUAAAUAUAAGACAUUUUUUCAGUUCAAUUUAAACUCCAAAGACGUGUUAUAUUUAGGAACAGAGGGUGUAUUUUUAUGCAUUGACCCAGGUCUAAACUCAUGGUGCAGUAGUUUUUCUUGUGCAACAUAAGACCAUUUUGUGUAGCUAAAAAGGCCAUGUCUGCAAAUAUGCUUGGUAAGGGUCUAAUAAUUUUUAAAUGAUUAUUUAGUUUAGAAAAAAUCCAGAUAAGCUUGUCUGCAUUUUGGCUCCUGGAAAAGUAUUGAACAAUCUCCAGGCCACAUUCUAAGCUAGUUUGCUCAAGUGUGCUGUACAUGUCAGCAUGAAUGUGCUAGUUCUUUGAUAUGGUUGUUGCCUAACC